AUGCCGAUGGACGCGUUGGACCAAGAAGUUGCCGACGCAGAAGCCGACGGCUCACCACAGCGUUAUCAGCGACGGGCUAGCGACGAGAUCGAGCGCGUUUUGACCUCCUCAUCAGUCUCUACGUCCUCAGAGUCCAACGGCGAUGCUGUCCGGCGGAACAUGAGCCGCGUCUCGACGCAAAACGAUCUUGAGCGUCACCCCACGGAACUCAGUCGAAUCGCCACCGCGCGCAGUCAGCACAAUGCCACCGUCGGAAGCGGCCUGCGCGGUCGGACCGUGAGCAGGGCCUCCAAGAAACCGCUGCCGGCUUUCGGCGCUGGAAAGCCGUAUCCGCCGCUGUUGCCGGAGCGGGAAGAGUACGUCGUCGAGUUCGACGGGCCUACUGAUCCCUUGCAUUCCCAGAAUUGGCCUAUGCGGAAGAAGCUUUUGACCGCAGCCAUGCUGAGCUACACGACGCUCACCUCGGCCUUUACGUCGUCCAUCUUCUCUGCAGCCACCACCUCCGUUGCUGCGGAGUAUCAGGUCGGCACAGAAGUUGGCCUGUUGGGGACCACCUUUUACGUGCUUGGUUUCGCCUUUGGCCCUACCGUGUGGGCGCCCAUGUCCGAGCUGCGCGGUCGACGACUCCCCAUUGUUGUGGCCAUGUUUGGCUUCUCUCUCUUCUCGAUCGCUUGCGCAACCGGCAAGGAUAUCCAAACCAUUCUUAUCUGUCGCUUCUUCUCGGGCUUCUUCGGCGCCUGUCCGCUCGCCGUCGUCGCCGCCGUAUUCUCGGACAUGUUUGACAACAGGACGCGAGGCAUUGCCGUCGCCAUCUUCUCCAUGGCCACCUUCACCGGGCCCCUGCUGGCUCCCUUCAUCGGCGGCUUCAUCGUUUCGUCGUAUCUUGGCUGGCGAUGGACGGAAUAUCUGGCUUCCAUCAUGGGCGUUGUCGCCUUCGUUCUCGACCUCUUCUUCCUCGAGGAGACGUACCCGCCCGUCAUCCUGGUCGACAAGGCUGCCGACUUGCGACGACGAACCAAGAACUGGGGCAUCCACGCCAGGCAGGAGGAAAUCGAAGUCGACUUCACCGAACUCAUCCAAAAGAACUUUUCCCGUCCCAUGCGCCUCCUCUUCACCGAACCCCUCAUUCUCGCCCUCUCCAUCUACAUGAGUUUUAUUUAUGGCAUCUUGUAUCUGUUCCUCACCGCUUAUCCUCUGAUUUUUGUCGGUGUCCACGGCUUCAGCCCUGGACAGGGUGGUCUUGCUUUCUUUGGUAUGAUUGCCGGACAGGUCCUGGCUGGCGUCGUAGUCAUCCUGCAGCAGCCCUGGUAUGAUCGCAAACUUGCUGCGAACAAUGGCGUGCCUGUGCCCGAGUGGCGGUUGCCCAGCAUGAUGGUCGGCGGCAUCUCUUUUGCCAUUGGCAUCUUCUGGUUCGGAUGGACCGGAUACACCAGCAGCAUCCACUGGGUCGUCCCGGCUCUCAGCGGCGUCUUCACCGGCUUCGGUCUCCUGUCCAUCUUCCUCCAAGCCCUCAACUACCUGGUCGACGCGUACCUCAUGUUCGCUGCGUCUGCCAUCGCCGGCAACACGUUCAUGCGAUCCCUUGCAGGCGCAGGGUUCCCCCUCUUUGCUCGCCAAAUGUUCCAGGGGAUGGGCAUUCAAUGGGCGGCUACGCUGCUUGGCUGCGUGGCCGUAGUCCUGGCCCCCUUGCCCUUUGUUUUUUACAAAUACGGCAGCAGGAUCCGCGCGAGAAGUGCGUACGCGCCUACCUUUGCGGCGUCGACAGAAAAGGAGGGCGAGGACAAUGCCGCAUUGGCCAGUGUUCCUAGGAAGGAGGGUGACAAUGGAGUCUUGCAGAAGGCCUAG